AAUCAGCUGAGAUGUAUUUUUCUCUUUUGGCGUAGUUGCUUUUUGCUAUAUUUUUUUUUGUAUUGUACUUUUUUGAGAAGAAUUCUAUUUGUAUUAACAAUCGCGCAAACUGAUUACAAAGAUAAGCAUUAUCAAAAUUACUCAACGAUGAGCUAUGAUGGAUUACUGUCCAAGUUAACCGAUGAAAAGUUAAAUUUUUACCCCACUCAAACAACAACUGCAGUGGAAGAAGAACAACCAGCAAUUCCACAACAGAUUGUUGGUCAUCAUCAUGAUGUUGCUACACUCAAUUCAAGUAGUGUUACAAAUCGGGGAGGAAGCAAAUCAGAAACUUCAACUCCCCAGCGUAAAAUAUCAACUUCACGAUUUAUGAACGCUUUUAGCCAAUUUUACGCUGGCGGUUGUAGUAGUGGACAAGCAACUGCUCCAAUUCCCUCAACAACAAUAUCCACUCCACCAUUUGCUUCUUCUGCUGCAGCUCCUCCUGAAGACGAUCCAUCGCCAAGUAAUUCUGCUGGCCGGACACCAACCAAAGGCAUGGAAUCAAAGUUGCUCUCAAUGUGGCACAAUGUCAAGUACGGUUGGAGUGGUAAAAUACGUUCCAACUUUUCGAAAGAACAGCCAGUUUGGCUUCUUGGUCGAUGCUACCAUCGAAAAUACACUCCACCAACUUCGAUGGAAAGUUCGGCUGAAUUGACAGCUAAUUUAGAACCAAUUAAAGGUGGUGGCUUAACAGCUGUCCAUCAGAUUGAGAUUCAAGUUGAUGAAAGUUUGGUAGCACAAGAACUCGGAAUGGAUGCCAUUGAAAAUCAAGCGGCUGAGAAUCCCUGGGAGGAAGGGAUUGAGGGUUUCAAGAGGGACUUUUAUAGUCGACUUUGGAUGACAUAUCGUCGAGAAUUUCCAAUUAUGAAUGGCUCAAAUUAUACCUCUGACUGUGGUUGGGGAUGUAUGUUGCGCAGUGGACAGAUGUUGCUGGCGCAAGGAUUGCUCUGUCAUUUUCUAGGAAGAAGUUGGCGUUGGGAUCCUGAGACGCAGCUGCAUUCCACUUAUGAAGAUAACUUACACCGAAAGAUAAUCAAAUGGUUCGGUGAUAGUUCUUCGAAGAACAGUCCUUUUUCUAUUCACGCUCUAGUCAACUUGGGACAAGAAAUGGGCAAGAAACCAGGCGACUGGUAUGGCCCAGCUUCUGUGUCUCAUCUUCUUAGGCAAGCAGUAAAGAAUGCAGCACAAGAAAAUGCUGAUUUCGAUAACAUCGUCAUCUAUGUGGCGCAAGAUUGCACAAUUUACAUUCAAGACAUUCAUGAUGAAUGUUUCAUCCCGGACAGAACAACUAAAUACGUUCCAUGGCAGACAAAUCGAAAACAGCCCGAGGAUCCAUCUGGUGUGCAUCCUCCACAACAACAGCAGGUCUAUUGGAAAUCCCUAAUCAUUUUGAUUCCAUUGCGUUUAGGAACCGAAAAACUUAACCCCGCCUAUGCCCAUUGCCUCAAACUCCUUCUUAGUACUGAGUAUUGUAUUGGAGUUAUUGGUGGAAGACCAAAACAUUCCCUUUACUUUGUUGGAUUCCAAGAGGACAAACUUAUACACUUGGAUCCUCACUACUGUCAAGAAAUGGUUGAUGUAAACCAAGAAAAUUUCUGUGUAAAUUCUUUCCACUGCAAGUCUCCAAGAAAAUUGAAAACCGCAAAAAUGGAUCCAAGCUGCUGCAUUGGAUUCUAUUGCCAGACCAAAACAGAUUUCGAUAAUUUUGUCGAAAAUGUUAAAAUGUACUUACAUCCAAUAAGAUUCGCUUCAGCUCAAACAGCUCACGAAGGAAGUCCCUCACAAUGUCCCGAAAUGAAUUAUCCCAUGUUCACAUUCUCUCGGGGCAGUUAUGUUGACCAAGAAAAAGACGAACCCCAUGAAUCUGUUUACAAACCAUUGCAGCGUCAACUGGCUCAACUUCAACACGAACUAUGUGGUAGCCGUGACCAUGCUGUCGACGACGAUGACGGUGAAACCGAAGAGUUUGUGAUUCUGUAAUCGAAAAAAACUUAUAUUGUGUGCGUUUACAACUAUCUCCCAUCUUAAUAUAAACUGAUCUACCUACCUAUGUUAAGUGCGGUCAUAGAAACAAAAGAAAAACUCAAAAAAAAAACUCAAAUCUCAUCGAUUUCUGAUUUUAUGUUAUUAACGGUUUUCUCGUAAAAAAAUCAUUUGAAAAAAGUAUUCUUAGUUAAGUGUAGAACUAGUGUUUCAUUUCAAUCAUCUCAUUCUUUUAAACAAAAUUUGACUUUAAGGAUAUUUUCUUUAAUUUUUUAAGUUUAAUCUUAACAAUUCCGCGCGAUCCUUUUUUUUAUGACAUUAAUAAUUUUUUUUUACAUGCGAUUUUCCAAAUAUUUUUCUUUUUAUUUUCAUUGCGAAUAUUUACAUAUGUGCAUGUUAUAGAUUCUAAGUUCAUACAUA